GGGUUUAACUCACAUGCGCCUGUCAUUCUUUUUGCGCAUCAGACUGGACGGUUGUCAUUCGCGCACAAUUACGCUGUACUGCCGGUGAACGUUGGAAGGCUGCUCGUUGCUAUUUUCAAGUACCGGUCAAGACUGGGGAGAUAAGGAGACAUUAUGAUGCAGGGGGAACAAGAACAACUUCCCACGACUACAUUCGACUCGGCGACCCUUGUUGAACUGGAGGGGAGUACCUACAGACGCAGUAUGCUAUACAGCGUACUUCCAACGCUCGUGUCGAAUCACAUACCGACCAUACCGUCGCUCCGCCAGUCCCUCAACGAUGUGCGCAACCGUGGAGCGCACAGCAAAUCCAACUCUGUAACCGAGAUACCACAACCCGAGACUCCUCCACCGAGCUAUUCUUCAACACCCCAAAGCGGCUCUGCUACACCGAACAGACUUGCUGUCGCGUUAGAAGAGGCGGACCUCGACUUUGGUGAGGAUAUAUCGGAAAGGCCGGUUUCCUCCAGUAGCGCACUUCCGCCACUGUUCGGAACCCAUGAGGAAGGCACUGGUAUCAGAUGGAAAUAUGCAAGUUUAGGCACGAGCCUCAUGGCUCAAGCAACACGAGAAUCCAGCGCGCCAAGUAGUAGUUCCGACGAUUCAUCUGCGAUACUCAUUCGUCAAUUAUAUAUCCACGGCAUAACCUACCUUCUUCGAGGGCUUCCAGCGAAGCUUACACUAGACGAACAGCUGAGCAUACAGGCUGCCCUACCACAAGACUUGGUUGAGAACUGUCGAAAUCCAGACGCGAACGCACUGGUUUCAAUGCCAUGUCGCAGUAUAAGUCCUCAACAGCCACCACGAAACCCUACAGUUCUCCACCGUCUUACAGCGGCCCUCGUCUUUCAAACCUUUGUUCUCAUACAAUUCCUCCUACCAUACAUCAAGUUGCUUCUUUCCCAUACCUACCAAUUUGAGAGGAAGCACCAAAUCACGAAAAGACUGGUAAACACAGGCGUCGCAACAGCAGACGACAUUGGACGGAGGACGUUAAGGUUAUCGCAAACAGUGUGUCAGAUGAACGAUGGGAUGGUAGGUCAAGCUCUCAAUGAGAUGACUAUCUGGUGGGUUCAAAGUGUGACAGGAGGCGUUCAGCAAGGUUUCAUGGAAGGUAUGAAGGUUGUAAAGUCAGGUGAAAGCCAGCGACGUGGGAAGGCUGCUGAGAAGAUGAACUGAACUUGUCGUGUUUUUUGCAUUGGCGGAGGCGUUGGGUAUUUGCAUUAGUAUGGAGUUGCGUGAUUACGAAUAUUAAUGAACAUUUGAACUUGA